AUGAAGCGUUCAGUAAAGAAAGAAUCGUUUUUCAAGAUCCUGCUUGGUGACUUCUCUAAGCAUCUGCGUAUACCACCUGCGUUUAUCAAGAACUUCAGCGGAGGAUCACUUCGCAAAUGUUCUCUUAGGGGCCCAAGUGGGAAAGUGAGGGCUGUGGAAUUGGAAGAGAGAGAGAAUGGCUUGUUCUUCUCUAAGGGUUGGCAGGGUUUUGUGAAGGGUCAUCAUUUAGAAGUUGGGAAUUUCCUGGUUUUCCGUUAUGAUGGUGAAUCAAAGUUCAAAGUCACAAUCUAUGAUAGAAGUGCCUGUGAGAAGGAUGUAGAGGUAGCCGAGAGGGGGAUUGGCAGUUCAGAUUCCAUCGAAAGUAAAGGAAAUCAAGUUAGAGUAAAAGAGGAAAUUAUAGACCUUGAAACUGAAAACUACAACGAAGACUAUGAAAACAAAACAAGUAUUGCUAACAGAAGAAAUUGCAAUGCCAUGUCUGGAAAGAAACCUACAACUGAUUAUGUAGAGGAAACUUCAAGUGAAUGCAUCUCAUUCAAAUCGGAUCAUCGAUGUUUUAUGGAAACUAUGAAGAGGCAUUACCGAUAUUGCUUGUUGAUUCCGAAGAAACUAGCCAUAGCUGAAGGUCUUAAUAGUGCAAGGAAUGUAACGCUUAGAGAUCCAAAUGGGAGAUUAUGGUUUGUUAAACUUGUAAUCCGUCCCAAGACAUCUUGCAAACGUGUGGAAUUCACGACAGGUUGGGGAGAAUGCUGUCAAGCGAACCAGAUUUCAGUUGGGGACACUAUGGUUUUUGAGUUUGUCAAGCAAAGUGCAAUUCAACUUCAUAUUUUCGCAGCAGUGAAGGGCAAGAGGUGUCCUGUGGUACUUGAUGCCCCCAAUGGUGAAAAUUAAAGCUAGCUGACUCUCGAGUUUCACAUUGCAAUGUUUUUAUUAAGAAAAUGCUUUGACUGCAACAUUUACUUUAGCAUUUUGAGUAAACGAUGGUUG